AUGGAAAUGUUUAUGAAGUUUAAGAUCGAGACGGAAGAAAUGCUUAAGCAACAAGAAAAUACUUUCACCAACACAGUUAGUUCUAACACAAAAAUAUUAAAUGAUCGAUCAGACAGAGUUAAAUUUAACAUACUUCAAAACUCAACCAAAAUAGCAUCAAUUGCAAAGGAAGUAGAAGAAAUCAAAAUUGAGAGAGCACAUAGAAUUGGCAAAGUAGUUUUAAAACUUCUUGAUUUUAAAGAUAACACUGAAAUUCUCAACAACUCUUCCAAAUUAAAAGGUAAAAACAUUUUUGUAUAUGAAGAUUACUGCAAGGAAACGAAUGUUAUACGAAAGACGUUACGUGAAAAAAUGAAAAUCGAAAGGCAAGCUGGCAAAUGCGCCUAUAUUUCAUACGACAAACUUAUUGUUCGGGAUUGGAAUUCUAAAAAAAAGUAA